AUGUCGUUCAGCGCGUUACGCCAGAUUGCCCGCCCCGGUUCACUCUGUUUGUUCCGUUCCCCGUUGCUCAGCACACCUAGGACUAUUUCUAAUUGUCUCCUGCGUAAUCCCAGUACUCCGGUGUUCUUGGUUAAUUCAUGUGGUGUGCGUACCACAUGCAGACCUUCCUCAAGCGGUAUAGAUGAAUCUACCAUACCAGACACAGUCAAGAAAAUGACCGAGCGUCUAUUCCAGGGGGAUCGGCGAAGUUUAGCUCAAGCGAUAACCCUGUUAGAAUCCACAAACCUGGACCGACGUCGCGAAGGACAGUACAUUUUAGACCGAUGCAUGAAUUAUUUGGGGGAACAAGAAACAGCCACCGGAAAAUACACAAUUCGUAUCGGUGAGUCUGUCGUCGGCCUUCCCGUUUGUUUUUGUGAUUGA